UUGAAUUUCUUGGGAAAUUCAAGCAUCUGCCGUGUUCUGCAAAUAAAAGUACAAUUCAAAGUAUUUGAUAUACUAAAUUAUUUACAUUGGAAAUUUGUUCAAAAUGACAGAAUAUUGGUUAAUAUCUGCACCAGGAGAUGAAACAUGUCAACAGACAUGGGAAACUAUGAACAAUUUGACAUCAAAACAACAUUCUUUAUCAAUCAAUUACAAAUUUCAUAUCCCAGAUUUAAAGGUGGGAACUUUGGAUCAGUUGGUUGGUUUAUCAGAUGAUCUAGGGAAGCUUGAUGCUUAUGUUGAACAAGUAACACGCAAGGUGGCAACAUAUCUAGGAGAAGUUUUAGAAGAUCAAAGAGACAAACUGCAUGAAAAUCUUUUGGCUAACAGUAGUCAAACGUCAGUGGAUGGGGAGAGCUCGAGCCCCGAAGGGGGUCCGGACACCCCGCCAAACACCCCCGUCACCCCAUCACACAAGUCUUCAAAGGAGCAUCACAAGCAGUGGAAGGAAUCGGAGAAAUGUGAACCAGAACCAGCCGCCUGUUUAGGUCAGCAUCAUCACCAGCGUCAUCAUCAUCACAAGCAUCAUCAUAGUCAUAAACAUCACAGUCAUCCUUCUGAUAUCGAAAAGAAAUCAUCACAUAGUCCUCAAGGCAUCUGUGAUGUCAAAUCAUCAAAUGAUCCUUUAUUAGCAUAUUCAUGCUACCAUGCGCAUUGGUGCGCUGCUUCUACCUCUUCUACACCUACUCCUAGCCCUACUCCUACGAGUCCGAGUCUUUCCCUUUCAUCAAACUGUAGCAGUGAAGGAGAAACCAGAUGGCAGUCGGCGACGCGUCAUCGGACUUCUGAGAAAGCAGAUCGAUCUACCUCCAAUCGCAAAUCGCUUGGCAAUGACGACGACGAAGACGAUGCGGACCAAAACAACGACCAAGACCAAGACCAAGACCAUAGUGGCAAUUUGCCCAAUCCAGGUGAUCUACCAUCAUAUAUAACUCGAUUCCAGUGGGAUAUGGCAAAAUAUCCUAUCAAGCAAUCAUUAAGAAAUAUUGCUGACAUUAUCAGUAAACAAGUGGGACAAAUUGAUGCAGAUCUUAAAACGAAAUCUACAACAUAUAAUAAUUUGAAAGGAAGUUUACAAAAUCUUGAAAAGAAACAAAUAGGAAGCUUAUUAACAAGAAAUUUGGCAGAUUUAGUAGAAAAAGAACAUUUUAUCUUGGAUAGCGAAUAUUUAACUACCUUGCUUGUAAUUGUGCCAAGAGCAAAUUUCCAAGAGUGGUACAGUAAAUAUGAAAAAUUAACAAAGAUGAUAGUACCACGUACCACACAACUUAUUACUCAAGAUUCUGAAUAUGGAUUAUUUACUGUUACUUUGUUUAAGAAAGUUACUGAGGAAUUUAAGUUACAUGCACGGGAAAAAAAAUUCAUUGUACGUGAUUUUACAUAUAAUGAAGAAGAAUUAGCAGCAGGAAAAAAUGAAAUAACAAAGUUGGUAACUGAUAAAAAAAAACAAUUUGGUCCUCUUGUACGUUGGUUAAAAGUUAACUUCAGUGAAUGUUUUUGUGCAUGGAUUCAUGUUAAAGCUUUGCGUGUAUUUGUAGAAUCUGUUUUAAGAUAUGGAUUACCUGUAAAUUUUCAAGCAAUAUUAUUACAUCCUCAUAAAAGAUGUGCAAGGCGAUUACGUGAUGUUCUUAAUCAACAUUAUGCUCAUUUAGAUUCUUCUGCUACAGCAUCUUCUGCUGCACAGGGAAAUCAGGAUAAUGUGGAUAUACCAGGAUUAGGUUUUGGCCAAAAUGAUUAUUUCCCUUAUGUGUAUUAUAAAAUCAACUUAGAUAUGGUCGAUAAUAAGGUUUAAUUAUUGAAAAUGAGUCUAUUUUUCUAUGAUUAAAUAUCCUUUCAUUUACAUACAUACAUAUACUUCUAUAACUCCAGGCACUUAAAGCAGAUGUGUACAAAGUACAUUUUGUUUUAAUAAAAUACAGUGUUUAGCAAUUUUUAGAACUUUACUAUGAUCUUAAUUUUCCAUAUAAAUGUAAUUAUCAUUGAUUCACUUCCAGGAGUAAACCAAGCAUUUACUCAAAAAAAUAUUUUUGUAGAACAUCAAAAUGCCUGGAGAGGUGUAUGUAUUCUGAUAUUAGCUCAGCUAACUAUGCAUAAUAGAAUGUAUAAUCAUUUGUAUAAAUCCUAGCAGACUCAUUUGAAUACAUAUUACAAAUUUAGUUUUUUCCUUUUAAACAUGCUAUAUUUGAUUGAAUAAGAUAUAACAGUACAAAUCAGGUCCAUGAUAUGAUUAUCUGCUUUAAACUUACAUCUUUAAAACAAAACUAAAAAUAUUGAAAGAUUUGUUAUUACAACAGUAAUAUAUAUUAUAUAUAUAUAUAUAAUACUAAAAUUCCCACAAUUAAAUAUAGCACAACCUAUUUUACAUAGUACUACGUAAUGAGCGGAAAAAGUAUCGUGUCAGAAUAAGAAUUCUGCAAUGUAGAACUAUAUUAUGUUAUAUACUGUCUAUAAAAUUAAGGCCGUUGUGAAUAUUGUUAUAAA